AUUAAAAGUGCAAUCAUGUUUGAUAUAGUCUUUCUGUCCUUAUCUUGCCACUAGAUGGCAGCAUUGAAGCUAUUGUCCAAAGUUAACCGAGCGCUAAGAAAAAUCUGUUCCUUUAUCAAGCCCCUGCAACAAAGAGAUGGAAUAAAUGUAUUAUGCAUCCAUUUCUGAAAGAGGUUCAAAUCAUUUAAACUUUUGACACAAGUUAAAAUCACAGGAAAAUGAAGAAUGAUUUCAUGGGAAAAAAUAUACAAAACUGCAUGGCUGGCCCCUAGGCACAUCUACAGUAGAUGCUUUGCCUAUAGCUUGUAACUAACUAUCUUUUCAGUUUAUUGUGUCUAUUUCUGAGACUCAGGUUGGCUGUAGCCUUAAUGACAAAAGUAUCUAACUGUUAACCACAAACAUCUCUCCACCUCUCUCUAACACACACACACACCCACACACAUUCAGCUCAUGCAGAGGAAGCUGACCAGAGGCAGUUAACCCACAUCAAUUUCCUUAUUAUCACUCUAUGACAAGAGGAGACGAUAACAAACUUGUGAGGAUUUAAAAAACGAGAAACUAAGAAUUAAUGUCUAAAAUCUACUGUCUUCCAGAUAACUCAUAGAUCUCUUAUUCUUUCACCGACCAUGGAGAACCUCAACUCUUCCAACUCCUCUAGCUUGGACUCCACCUCCCCGGAUUCGGGCCGCCUGAUUUCGAGCAUCGUCCUGGGGCUUUGCUGUGCGCUGGGCCUCCCUGGUAACAUAGCUGUCCUGGUGGUCAUCCUGCGCCGCUCGUCCCGACGCCCCAACUUCACCCUGUGCCUCAUGCUGAACUUGGCGUCCUCCGACAUCCUGUGCCUGGCCACGGUGCCCGUGUGGAUCUAUACUCUCCUGCACAGAUGGACUCUGGGCCGUGCCGCCUGCAAGCUAGCCACCUUCCUGCUCUACCUCAGCCUGUAUGCUAACGUGCUAACGGUCACUCUACUCGGGGUCCAGCGCUACCUCCAGGUGCUCUACCCGCAGAUGUGGAACAGGCUGCGGCGCAAGGGGGAGGCGGCGCUGCUCCUGGCCCUGUGGGGGCUCGCCUGUGCCCUGACUGCCCCCGCCGUUGCCACUCGCGAUGUGGGCGAUGGCGAGCUCAAGUGCCAACGAAACACAGGCUCUGAGGCUGAAAGAGUUGCUGUCCUCGUCUUGGAGACCCUUUUAGGGUUCGUUGUCCCGUUCUCUGUGCUGGUCACGUCCUACUGCUGCCUCCACCGGCGGGUGAACCAGACGGCGCUGUUCAGCAGCACCAAGUUGACGUGGCUGGUCACCAGUGUGGUGGUCGCCUUCUUCAUCCUCUGGAUCCCUGUGCACAUUGUCAACGUGGUGGACAUCGCCGGCAUUGUGCUGCGGGCUUCCUGGCCAGAGGCGUCGGCAGCGCUGCUACGCCACAGAAGCGUGGCAGCGCGUGUCGUCCGGAGCUUCACGUUUGUGAACAGCUGCCUGGACCCCUUCCUGUACGCCUUUGCCUCGCGGAGGAUCCGGGAGCAGCCCAAGUCGCCGUCGAGGGGCGACAGCGGGAUGCAGGCCACAAAGAUCUGAUGUCUGAAGCUGUGCUCUGCUGGUGCGACUAAAGGCAUGUGACUGGCAUGCCAACCCCUAACUUUAACCCUCAGCCUACCCAUAAUCAAACCCCCUAACUGUGACAUAUUAGGGUAGUCUCAAAAAUAAAACUUUUUAAGGUGUUUUUGACUUUAGUUUUUUAGAGCAGCCUAAUAGGAGUCCCAUCACCCCUGCUAUUUUGUCCUCAACAAAACCUACAUUUUUGAUUGCUGACGCUGGGUUUCUAUAGGCUGUACUUUCUAGCUAUCCAUAUUGUAGCCUAGAUUUGUUAUUUUGGUAAUCUAUCGCCCUUCAAGCUUGACCUCCAUUGGUCAAAGCCUAAAUUGUAUCGCUUCUGUCAGCUUUCCCAUGCAUAAAUACAUCUAUUUGGUUACCAUGAAUAAGUCCUUUUUUUGUUUCUCUUACAGUACAUGUACUUAUGUUUUAGUUCGGAGGAGGAACUUACCAUAAUGUAUUGGACUAUUUCGUCAUACUUGUGAAGUUGCCUCAUUGUAUGUCAAAAUCUUGAAAGGUAUUUGAGCAGUGAGCACAACGUUAGUUUCUGUCAAAGCUGCAACAAGAAGUGAGCCAACUUGCCAACACUGCCAAACAAAAUAGUUCCUAACCAAAUGAAGGCAGAACUUGCCGUACGUCAGAUGUAACAACACAUUUGGUACAUGGACAAACAACUUUAUCCCCACCCAAAGGACAAUGCAUUUAGGUUGAAAAUCUUCAACAUAUAUUGAUACUGUAAACCAUGUAUUCAAAACUAUAGGCUAUACAAUAUUUCUAUAUGAAUGAGAAGCCCUCGACACCUCUGAUAUGAGGUAUGACUGUCAGCAGUGGUGGAAAAAGUACCCAAUUGUCAUACUUGAGUAAAAGUAAAGA